AUGUUCCUGCUUUCACUGGAGCGCUCUAUAAUACAACAUGUCUCCCGUUUAAAUUCACUUUACAGUGGCGCGGGGUCAUCUGGCCUUUUGAAAUGGCGGGGUCGGGGCAUCGGCGUUUCGCGGUCGGCGGCGUCGAGUUGCUCCGCAGUCGCCCCGCCUCGUGACCUCGUGGUGGUAGAGGACGGGCGGCUGCGCGGCGUGCACUACCGAAACUUGUUCGGUUGCGACGAAUCCGAUUCCUCUGGCGAGGCACGCCCGUUCACGCCACAUCCCUUCAACCGGCGGUUUGCCUUCUCGAAGCGUCCGUUGUUCCCUAUAGAGCCCAGAAACUUGCGAAUUUAUGGCCUGAAACGCCACAAGAAGCGCGGUCGCGGGAAGAAAAGUUCUGCGCGUGGCUACCGUUUCAAGCGCCAAAAACACCGAGGGGGCAAGCCCAACAGCCGCACGUUCGAGGGUGGCCAGACGCCCUUGUUCCGGAGGCUGCCCAAGUGGCCUGAAGCAUGGUUGUCACGUCAGCGCAAGACCUUCGACCCCUUGAACCUUGCGAAGUUGCGUUAUUUCAUCGAACGAGGUCGCCUGGACACGCGUUUUCCGAUUACCCAACGGCACCUGUUCGACAGCAAGUGCGUCAAGGUUAAGCGAGGCGUUCAGCUGUUCAACGUGAACGAUUAUCCCUUCCCGUACAAGAUCGACAUCGAGGUUGCUGGCAGCGACCAGUCGUCGAUAGACGCCAUAAAGCGGGUCGGAGGCUCGGUAACCAUCGUCUACUACGACCGGGUCAACUUGCGCGCCCACCUGAAGCCGUACAAGUUCGAGGUGCUACCGAAGACGGCUCGUCCCAGCAUCGAGCGGGUGCACUACCUGGAGAAGAUGCGCGCGCGCGGCUGCAACGUGGUCUACAUAAAGCCGAUGUGGCUCAUAAAGGAGGAACAGGCCAUUACCGCUGAGAUGGCCGAGCUUGAGGCGGAGACACUGACCAGUUCGGACCUCGACCCCGACGAGACGCCCUCGAAGCGCGAGGAACGGCUGGUGAAACUCUACCGCGAGCGCCUGCUGCGCUUCGGCCGGCCCUACGUAUGA